UUCUCGACAUACUGAAAUAACCUUUCAAUCGUUUUAUAAUCUGCAAAACGUAUAAUUAAACUUAAAAAAUAAGUCUAUCGUCUCAAUCUAUUUUCUCUUGAAAAAAUAUAUAUAUAUAUAUAUAUCGAUGACAAAUGCUAAAACGACUUGUACAAACUGAAGAAAAAUCAAUUUCGAAUUUACGAAACAAAAACAUGAGGUAACUUUGGGAUAAUGUUCUCGAGAGCGGUGUUGCUGAUUUUGCUCCUGUGCGGAACCAACAGUUGCAGCUUCGGCGAUCGAGUGCAAACGCUCCGCAGCGAGUGCAACAAAACGAUUCAUCACGAUCCUCUGACCGACUCGAACGUCACCGUCGAUCCUUACUGCGACUGCAGAUCGUCGGGCGUGGGAGUUGUACGCGCGAUCUCGUAUAAUUGCGCCGUAAAUGGAUGCGGCAGAACACACGUGGAUCUAUCGUCCGCGUGCGUCAGAUGUAGCAUGUGCGUGGCUGUCGCCGAAAAGAUUAAUCAAACUCUGCUGGAAGUUCACGACAUGAUGGCACCUAAUGAUUGGCUGAACGACACCGAAGCCGCGCUUCUUCUGCGAACUAUCUGCGAUCAUUCUUUUCAAAAUUACGGUUUGCGAGAAAUUGACGGCAAGAGAUUGAUCUCUGACCCGACACUGGGCGAUAAGCUCAUCGCCUCAUCCGCUGACGGAUUGUGGGGUGACAACUUGAAAACUAUGUGCCACGAGUACCUCGACGAGAUGCAAGAUCUACAGUUGUACAAACACUGGAGAGAAUGGUGCGAAGACGAAGAUUACGCUUUCAAUCUGGAAGACGUUCUUUGCAAAAACGAGAUCGGCAGUUUACGAGACUGCAGAAACAUAAAUAACAUUCACAGACGACAGACGUCCACUAGGACCAACGUCGAUGCUCGCGUAAAAAUUCUCGCUGAAUACAGUAAUUACAGAUAAUUUAUACAUUUUGUAUCACGUGUUAUAUAUAUAUAUAUAUAUAUAUUUUUUUUUUUUUUGAGAUUUUU